CACACACACACACACACAACAAACACGCACACUCGUGGAUUUCAAACUUUCAGAGUAAUCUCAUCGGGACCUUUAUGAUCUCAUCGAACAUGCUUCUCCAUACGCUAUCUUCAUCGUCUCCACCCAUUCACCGCCUCUACCUCCACCAUCCUCAGAUUCUCCCUUCUUCUUCCUCUGUGUCGCUCAAGUUCCAUCCCAAAACGAUUUCUUUACAGAUACAUGGAAGGACUUUGGCUAUUCGAUCUGCAGAACUUGCUGCUAGAGGCUUACCUUCUUUGAAGAAGCUAGCAAGCAAAGGAUCUACCUUUCUGCUGGGCCAGAGCUUGUUGAUGGUCUCUGCUUAUCCACAGCUGGCAGCAGCUGCAGAAAUCGUGAAGCAUGAACCGGUUUACGAAGUUGGAGAGUUGUUUGAAUUAGGUAUUCAGCUUUCUUACUUGCUGUUGCUACUGGGUUUGCUCGGAGUUGGUACUUUCUAUGUGAUUCGUCAAGUACUUGUCCGCAGAGAGCUUGACCUCUCUGCCAAAGAACUACAGGAGCAAGUUAGGAGCGGGGAUGCAAGUGCAACAGAGCUCUUUGAGCUAGGUGCAGUGAUGCUGAGACGCAAAUUUUAUCCUGCAGCCAACAAGUUCUUGCUUCAAGCUAUCCAGAAAUGGGACGGUGACGAUCAAGAUCUUGCUCAGGUCUACAACGCUCUUGGAGUGAGUUAUGUCCGAGAGGAUAAACUGGACAAAGGAAUCGCUCAGUUUGAGAUGGCGGUGAAGAUUCAGCCUGGUUAUGUAACGGCUUGGAACAACCUUGGAGAUGCUUAUGAGAAGAAGAAGGAGCUGCCUUUGGCGUUGAAAGCGUUUGAAGAGGUUUUGUUGUUUGAUCCCAACAAUAAGGUGGCUCGGCCUCGACGUGAUGCGUUGAAGGAUCGCGUUAAGCUCUAUAAAGGCGUUGUCGCGGUUAAGUCCAAGAAACGGUGACGAAAAACCAAUAAACCAAGAACUCCCCCUCGUCUCUCUUAUGUUAUUUUUGUAAGGACAUUUUGUGUUAUUAUUAUGAAUAUGAAACUUGUUUUCUGUUUUGUAACUCUUAACAAUAAAAUCACUCAUCUUAUUAUUCGGAAU